GGGCUCGAGGCGUAAACUCGAUUCUCACAGCACCUGCGUGUACGGAAGGUGGGUUGGAGAGUGGCUGGAUCCCUUUUUCCCCUAGACAUAUACCAGCCUGUGGGUAAGUGUUACACCUAAUUUAGAGUUUUGUGUGCAGUUUUGACCACCAACUUACAGGAAAAAUGUAAAAGAGUUUGAAAGAGUUCAGAGACAAUUUGCAAGGAUGUUGUCAGGUCUGCUGGACUUGGGUUAUAAAUUGAGAUUGAACAGGUCAGGGCUUUAUUCCUUUGAAUGUAGAAGAAUAAGGGGAGAUUUGAUGGAGGUGUAUCACCAUUAUGCGGGUUAUAGAUAGGGUAAAUGCAAGCUGGCUUUUGCCACUGAGAUAGGGUGGGACUACUAACUUUCACUCUAAUUCCUUUCAACAGCUGUGCAGACCAAUCAUUCAUCUGAGUAGGAGAUAUUUACCUGGCAUAAAACUGUGUCACUUUAACAGUACAAAAAAGAAAAUCCCAGCUGCACGUUAACAAAUGCAAUUUGCAUGAGAAUGUUUCGGUUACUGUGUGAUCCAGGUACACAUACAGCUCAGUGGGAACAGGGAAUAAUACCAAUGGAGAGAGUGAAACUGAGCCAAGUCACAGACUGGAGAUGGCAGAAAUGCCAAAUUCUAUAAGAAUAAGAGGCAGGAAGAGCAUCAGAGAGUUUGAUGGUCAUUCCAGAUACCAGCACUCUGCCCAGUUAGAAGAUGAUUUCUAUCUCCAACUAGUGUUGAACCUCACUGUAACAGUGUGAUACCAGAUCACACCCUGGCAAUUCAAGUGAUCUCAUCUGAAAUGUUGUCCUUCAGCAAUUAAUGGAUUUUUAAAUCUUUUUACAGGUUAAAAAUGACAAGGAAUUUGUCUAUGGGAAUUCAAGAACAACACACCAGUUUUGCUAGCGCAAUUUAGAUAUUGAAGAAGUGGAACGAGGGAUUCACUCAGUCAGCUGACCAACUGGCAUCCUCGCUAUUUUACACAGAGAAAAGGCCGUUCACCUACUCAAGACAGAGGGAGUGGAUUCACUCAGUCAUUUCAACUGAAGGUAUCAGCAAGUUCACACUGGGACAAGACCAUUCAUCUGUUCUGUGUGGGAGAAGGGAUUCAGUCGGUCUUCCCAUCUGUGGACACAUCAGUCAGUUCAUACUGGGCAGAGGCUGGUCAUCUGCUGAAAUUGUGGUGAAGGGUUCACUUGGUCAUCUGACCCAAUGGCUCACCAGCGAGUUCACACUGGGGAGAGGCCAUUCACCUGCUCUGACUGUGGGAAGGGAUUCACUUCCUCAUCCAACCUACAGACUCAUCAGCGAGUUCACACAGGAGAGAGGCUGUUCACCUGCCCAGACUGUGGGAAGGGAUUCUCUUGCUCAUCCAAUCUACAGAAUCACCAGCGAGUUCACACAGGAGAGAGGCCAUUCACCUGCUCAGACUGUGGGAAAGGAUUCACUCAGUUACCCCACCUACGGACCCACCAGAGAGUUCACACUGGAGAGAGGCGGUUCACCUGCUCAUAUUGUGGGAAAGGGUUCACUCAGUUAUCCAACCUACAGAGUCACCAGCGGGUUCACACUGGAGAGAAGCCGUUCACCUGCUCAGACUGUGGAAUGCGAUUCAGUCAGUUAUACAGUCUACAGAGUCACCAGCAAAUUCACAAUGGGGGGAGGCCAUUCAAUUGCUCAGAAUGUGGGAAGGGAUUCAUUCGGUCAUCUGAUCUGAAGAGGCACCAACGAGUUCACACUGGGGAGAGGCCUUUCACUUGCUCAGAAUGUGGGAAGGGAUUCACUCGGUCAACUGAUCUGCUGGCACACCAACGAGUUCACACUGGGGAGAGGCCAUUCACUUGCUCAGAAUGUGGGAAGGGAUUCAGUUGGUCAUCUGAUCUGCUGGCACACCGACGACUUCACACUGGGGAGAGGCCAUUCACUUGCUCAGAAUGUGGGAAGGGAUUCACUUGCUCAUCCAACCUACAGAGUCACCAGCGAGUUCACACUGGGGAGAGGCCAUUCAAUUGCUCAGAAUGUGGGAAGGGAUUUACUCAGUCAUCCAACCUACGAACUCACCAGCGAGUUCACACUGGAGAGAGGCCGUACACCUGCUCAGACUGUGGGAAGGGAUUCGCUCGGUCAACUGAUCUGAUGACACACCAACGAGUUCACACUGGGGAGAGGCCAUUCACUUGCUCAGAAUGUGGGAAGGGAUUCACUUGCUCAUCCAGCCUACGGAGUCACCAGCGAGUUCACACUGGAGAGAGGCUGUUCACCUGCUGUGUGUGUGGGAAGGUAUUCACACAAUCAUCUCAUCUACUGAGACACCAGGAAGUUCACACUGGCUAGAGGCCAUUUACCUGCUCAGAUUUUGGGAAGAGAUUCUCUCAGCCAUUUCCAACAAAUGUGCAUCAUUGAGUUGACACUGGAGAGAGGCCAUGCACCUACUGUCAAUGUGGGAAAGGAUUCACUCAGUAACCUAACCUUGUGAAACACUACUGGGUUCACACUGGGGAGAAAGUUUUAAUAGGUUUCAUGCUGGAUAUUUGUCCAUCAUUGUUGCUGAAUGAAAUUUUACGAGUGACUGUCAGUGCUGAAAUCUGCAAUUAUUGCUGCUGCUCACCACACCCAGUUCUGCACCCUGGUUACUGGACAUGGGAGGAGUUUCUUCUGCUGCCUAUUCACCUUUAAUGGAACUGGCGUUUAAUAUUCUGUAUCCGAGACAAAUAAAUCAGUUCCCUUUUAAACUCUG